GUAAAUCAUCUAAUUAUUGCUCCCCCAAGGGCACAAUGGUCCCCACGUUACCCACACCCCUUGCUGAGACAGACCUUGUCUGUUCGUCUCACUAGGGCACGCGGGCUAUAUGACAGGCAGCAUUCCAUACAACGCACUAGACAAAAGACCAAAAAAAAAGUCCUGUCUCAUCUCGGUUGUGGCCUGAGCCACACCGCUCAAUAAUCUCAAGUGCAUUCGCAUCUCAUGGAUCACAACAGUGUGCACGUUGCACUACGGGCAUCUGUAGGCGGAUGGCGGUGGUUUCCAAAAAGAAGCCUUGGAGCUUCUUCCCAUUUAUUUUUUUGCGUCGUCAUCGUGGAGACGGGGAUCUUGACUUGUGUCUGUCUUCUAUCUAGUACGUCUCCUUCGUACAGCUCCAAGAAUCGUGACCCAGAGACUAUCGUGCAGCUUGGCGUGAGCCGUGCGCAUCAUCUCGUGUAUGUACAUUAUGUUAAAGAGGGAUAUAGAUAUGUAAAUAUCGCCGUGAAGAGAACAAUAUCAAAACAGAAAACAGAACAUGGCUCGAAGGAAUACCCGUGGGGACACGCUCAGUGUAAAGAACGAACAAAACGCCGCUGCCGAUGCUGUGGUAUCUCGAGAUGCGCCAGUUUGAUCGUGAGAACAGGCGAGAAUAGUAGAGAAAAUGACCCAGGAAAAAAAUGAAGAACUCCGGCACGAUUUGUUGUGCAACUAUGCAGGUUCGCUUUUGCUCUCGACAUCUUCAGAG